AUGCAAGACGUUCGAGUGGAUCUUAGCAAGCAAUCUACAGGAUAACAUAUAACAGAGGAAAGUCAAUCAUUGACCAAGAAUCAAAACGAAACUUAUAAAAAUAAUAUUCAAAAUGCUGUUGCAUAAAAAAAAGACUUGGCUUUACAAAUUGACAACAGUCCUCCUUCUUACUUGGAUUUACUUCCAUUCUACUUGCCUUUUGGAAUAUUCUGCAUCAUGUUCUACAUUGAUUAUUACUACUAAAAUCCAUUCAUCGUCGUUUGGCUUGCUUAUGUUGCAAUACCAAUUGCUGAUUAUACUCUUCCUGUUGAUCAUAAAAAUAUUCCAGAGAACAGAAUCAAAGCUUAUGAGAGAGACUGGAGAUUCAUGGUUCCAGUUUACCUUGUCUGGCUGAUAGAUGUUGGAAUUUAUUUUUGGAUUCUAUACUCUGUCAGUAUUGGCUAAAUUGCAUAAACUCCAGCUUCCUUUGUAAUUUAUGUAAUUUCAUAUGCUCAACCUGGAGCAAUCAACGCAACCAUUGGUCAUGAACUAAUACACAGAAAAGAGAAAAUCCACAAAAUCUUUGGAACUCUUUCCUAUUCAAAAAUGUUAUAUUCCCACUUCCUAAUCCAACACAUUGUUUCGCAUCAUAAAAAAGUCUCGACUCCAGAGGAUCCAUCAAGUGCCAGAAUGAAUGAAUCACUCUACGAAUUUUAUUGGAGAGCCAUUCCAGCUGGAUAUGUAGAAGUCUGGGAUAUCGAGUAAAAGAGACUGGCUAGAGAAGGAGUAUCACCAUUCAAUCCAUUAAGAAACAGAAUUCUACUGUUUAAUAUUCUGCACAUUGCUUAUCUAGGAUUGAUAUUCCAAAUAUUUGGACUACAUACUGUUUGUUUCCAUCUGGUAUAUUCUCUCAUCAUAACCUUGAUGUUUGAGGCAGUAAACUACUUAGAGCAUUAUGGACUUUCGAGAAAGAAAGAUGCUAAUGGAAAUUACGAGUCAGUAAAUAUCAAGCACUCAUGGAAUGCUCCUCAAAUGAUUACAAAUUGGAUUCUCUUUAAAUUAUAAAGACACUCUGAUCACCAUGCAUAUUCCUAUAAGCCAUAUUAAAUUCUUGACAGUUUCCCAGAAAGUCCAAUGUUGCCAUAUGGAUAUUCAGUUUCUCUAGUUUUAUCUUUCUUCCCCUAUAUUUGGAAAAAGGUUCACAACCCCUUAGCAGUUGCCACAAACAAUGAUACUAAGAUUACUGAAGAGGAGAAGAGAGAACUAGAUAAAUGGAUUAUUGGCACUCUUAUUGGUGUCUCCAUUGUGCUCACUUAUAUCACUUUCAUCAUGAUUGGAUUUAAGAGUACUUGA